AUGGAUCGUCGAAAAUCGUUGCAAAUGCUUAUGUUCGCCUCCGAUUCUGAUGAUAUCUGGAACGCAAACGUUACGAAGGCGGUGAUCGCACACGUGACACUCUUAAAAGCUUGUCACGACGCCAACAGGAGAAGUGCCCGGAAACGACGCCGUCGCAAUCGGCGGCCCCUCGCUGCCGUUGGGCCCACGGGCACCAGAUACGACUCAUGCGUAAUCAGCGACGCCGGUACCUCAUUCAAGGCAAAGAACAAGAACAGGAAAAAGAAGAAGUCUCUAUCCCCGCAACCAAACAACCCCCCAGCCACGGAAUCGCUGGGCAUUUUGGGUAUUUACUAA